AUGUGGAAAAAUGAAAAAAAUGAAAUAAAAGAACAAUGGAUGAAUGGAAAUGGGCGAAUGAAAAGAAAAUCAAAAUCCAACGCUAAUGAAGAAAUUAAUAAUUUGACUUGGGAGUGGUUUGCAAGUGCUAUAGCAAAAAAUAUACCUAUUUUUGGACCAAUUAUACAGACUAAAGCACGCCAAAUUGCUGAACAAAUGUCAAUCACCGAAUUUAAAGCAUCAAAUACCUGGUUGGAAAGUUUUAAAAAUAGACAUAAAAUUGUUUAUCAUCAAAUUUGCGGAGAAUUUGAAAAACCUCUAGUUAUAGGCAAAUCACAAAAACCCAGAUGCUUCAAAAAAUUUCCCAUAAUUUGGCGAGCUAAUAAUAAAGCAUGGAUGACUGGAAGUAUAAUGGAAGAUUGGUUCAACAUUCAACAAUAA